ACGAUUAGUCAUCGAAAACUUGGCAUCGACGUCGCCACCUCUACCUCGAGUUUUGCGUACUUGCAUUUAAAAAACCCUCUGUGAGCCGUGGAACCCGUGAAUAGUCAAUAAAUUGAUAUUGAUUGGCAAUCGAACCAGCGCCCCACCGUUCACAGUGACCGCGAGUGCAGCGAGAGUGCAGAGAUCAAUCGCAAAGGUAAAUCGACGUCGACGACAACGGAAUACCUAAGAGCCACAGAGAGCGACAGAAUAAAGAAACAAGGAAACAUUUGCACGCCAGCGGAGCAACUGCACCAGCCAGAGCCAGCGACAAGAAAAACCACUUCAACAAAAGAGGAUAACAUACUGGAAGUGCUCCAGCACUCACACAUACAGACACUCAGGCCAGGCCAGCAUAUACACCACACGACGCUCGUUUGUUGUACGUGCCCGACGACGGUGGGAAAGUAAACCGACAUCUUUUUACGAGCGCCGAGAGUUUUGCAAUCAGAAGAAGUCGGAGAGCCGAGGCGAUCGGCCAGCCCUUUGAUAAGCGAGAGAGCAGGCACGGUGACGCGGCGGCGCAGAGAAACGAAAGAGAAGAAGGAGAGGAACAGGUUGCCAAGUCGAACGCGCAACGAAUUUGGAAAUCGAGUCAGCCAGCCAGCCAGCCAUCCGAAAGUGCGUGAGCGUUCGCUUCGUAACAGAGAGACCCGAAACCCGGACUUGCAUUUAGCCCAGCCCAAGCAAUAGCCAAACAAGCAACUUGAAGGGUUCCAAAACCCCGAAAACUCAUGAGCAGCAGCUGAGCCAGCGGCGCGCAGCUGAAACGGAAACCGCACUUAGACCUCAGACUUCAGACUCACUCACAGCCACUCCAAAUGAAAACGCUUGUGCUCAGUCCAGACGACCUGCAGAACUUCAACAAGUUCAUCUAUGACCCCAAAUCGGCAGCCCAGCUGGCCGCCAGUGCGGGCGCUAUUGGAGCAGCAGCGGCUGCGGCAGCUGCUGUACAUGGUCCGCCCGUAGGAGCGGGCGGCACCACAGUCCAGCUGCUCCAAGGUGGUGUCGGCAACGGCAUUGCUGUCAAUCCCGGUGUAGUGCCCGUCUCAGUGCCCGUACCCACCAGCACAGCCAGCAGUGCCAAUAACCUGAUGGCCCUGCACUACUACCUGAAGCAUCCAGGCAUACAGCAGAUGCCCAUCCCACAGCAACAGCAGCAGCACCAACAGCAGCAGCAACAGCACCACCAGCAACAUCAGCAACAGUUGCUGGCACAGUCGCAGACGCAGCUGAAGCAGCUCCAGCUCAAGCAGCCCACAAUCCACCAGCACCAGCAGCACAUCAGCUACCAUCACCACCAUCCGUACUACCAGCAGCAACCCCAGCAGCAGCAGGCACCACCGCCCCAGCCACAGCCUAUCAAGAGUCAGCAGCCACAAUCGCACCUGCCCGUGCACGCCCUCAAUCAGAACUCAAACUUCUCGGCGGCCAGUUCGAGUACGGGCGGCACUGCCUCCAGCCAUGCGCCCACCCAGCAGUCGAACGGAUCCAGCGUCUCGCCCACCAUUGUGUCCCGUGUGGCGGCCGUUGGUGCUCCCAGCAGCAGCAAUAUAGCAGCGGCCGCCAAUGCGCUUUUACGCGCAUCAGCCGCCUCCGUUGCUCCGAGUUCCUCCGCCUCUUCGUCCUCAUCAUCAUCAUCCGCGUCGUCGAGCUCCUCGUCCAGCAGCUCCUCCUCCAGCGCCAGCAGCUCAGCGAAUUGUGCCAAGAAGCUGAAGACGGAGCCAGUGCUGUCGCAGUACAAUCAAACGGAGCGCCUCAACUUUGCCAACACGUACAUUGUGUGGAGCGAGGAGCACUGGCGGCGGGUGGUGUUCCAUGACGAGCGUCGGUUCAAUUUGGACGGACCGGAUGGCUUCUCCUACUAUUUCCACGAUUUGCGUAACUACGAGCGCACGCUGUCGCAACGGCCGCGAGGCAAUUCCGUGUACAUCUACCUGAUGGUCUGCGUGGGCGGAGCCGUGCACCUGGAGGUAUCGUCCGCCAAGCAGCGACCGGAGUCAUGUAUCGAGGCAAUCAUGAGGGAGCGACCGAAUAUUGUCACGAAACUGGGCGGCAGCACGGAGUUUGUGCUGCAGGAUCACAACUGGAUGUCGCAUGCCCUGCCCACCGCCCAGGAUCUGCUGAAUGCCGAGGGCUUGAAGACACAAAAGUGGCCGACCAUUGCGCACGAUCUGAAUAUCAUGGAGAAUGUGUGGGGCUGGCUCAUCCGCGAGGUGUUUGACGGCGGCAGGAAGUUCUCGCGCAAGGACGACUUGAUAUUCCGCAUCAAGGAGGCGUGGUCCCGACUGCCGCUCGACCUGAUCACCAACCUGUACAGCACACUGCCGGAACGGAUCACGGAGCUCUACUAUACGCAGGGCGUCUACACGAAUUGUUGACAGCGGCAGCAGCAGCAGCAGCAGCGUACGGAGGGAGCAGCAGCAAGUGGUUCGGGUCACGCCAGACAAAAGAGGCGAGAUUGCGUCCGAGGAGAACCUCAGGAGCCAGCCCCCGCUGGAGGAGGCCCGAAAAAGAUGGAAGCAAAUCUUUAUAUACAAUUUAACUUAACUUUUUGUGUAUAGCUUUAAGAUGUGUGCGAUGCGGACAGGACUUGGACCUUGGACUUGGGACUGAAGGCAAGAAAGACAGACAGAGACGAACGGAGGGACGGAUGGACCGACCUGGGUUAUAAGUUAUAUCAAGUUUUUUAGUUAUUUAACAAAUUUACGAAAGAGAAAAGAGAAACAGCAACACGAUACACACACAUCGUGUGGCCAUAUCGCUUUGUAAUUAGUGUUUUUCCCCACCCACCCCUAACCCUAUCCCCCCCAUAAAGCCCUCUUAAUUAUUAAGCCUUAGUUUAAGUUGUCGUUUUCCUUUAUCCCCCCGCUAUUAAGUACAUUUAUAUACAAAUAUAUUAGUUACAAACAAUUUAAUUUGAGCCCCAACUCUCCCCUUUUGUUGAUUGUUUUUUAGCGGUAGACAGAAACAGAACAAAAUUGAUAAAUGCCAAGUUAGCGAGCAGAGAAGGAUAUAAGAGGAUAUAAAAAGAGAACACUGUAACUAAAACUAAAGUAUUAUUUUAAGGCAUAGUUUUUGUUGUAGCAAAUUACUGAGAACGAGUAUCCUUACACAGACACACACACUCAAAGGAAGAACGACAGAAUCCUAUCAUGUAAAAUUGUUUACGAAAUGAGAACAGAAACGGAAAUUAUGAUUAAACUAAUUAUCAAUGUAAUUAAUACAUAUUUAACGAGAGAAAACCAAUAACAAACGAAAGAAAGAAGAGCAAAGGCAACUUAGUGUUAAUGUGUAAGAUCAAAAUAAAACAAAAACGAAAGCAUAAGCAAAAACUAACUGAAGAGCGUAUAGUAGAGACGUAGAGAUCGAUGAAAUCAUGCUGAAUAAACACACUCGACACUCCCCAAAUCCGAAUCCUCCGAUCCCCAAACUCGAACGCAAGUUUCCUAAGGCAGCUAAGAGGGAGACACAGACUACCUACGACUCUGAACCACAGACAACUUGAUAGAUAGUACGCCAUAUUAUGGUUUAUAUACAUACGUACGCACCCAAUACUUAGCAAUACAAUUGAACUGAACAAAUGCCAGGCACUGGGCAACUCUAAUCUGUAGAAUACUGGAGCCACUAUGAAAGUAUCCUUGAAAUAAAAUGCAACCUAUAAUAAUAAUAUACAACUCAACGUAUCUCUCUCUCUCUGACUCCUCCUCACGUGUUAUAUAUGCGAUUGAAUGUGAUUUCCCCUUGUUUUCGCUUCUGCAACAUCAUCUUUAUACAACAUAUACAAAGCAAGGACAAGAGAAAUCAACAACAAAUGGAAUUAUUAUGAUUAAUUAAUAAAUCAAGAAAUGCAAUUACCAAUAAAAACUACCAGAAGAUACGUAAAGAAUACGAA